GAGUGAGGCAAAAUCACUUAACUAGCGCCUUCGCCGCUUCUAUAUCAUUGGGCAUAACCCAUUUUUAGUAAAGAGAUAACCGAUCUACUUGCAUUUCAAAAGAAAAUUAAAAAACGCCACCAGUGAGCGUUACAAGCAUCUGGUUCAUCCAGUAUCGAGUGAAAUCAUGAGUUGGGCAAGCAAGGACAAUGAUUCAAAAGAAGUCACAUUCCCUGCAUUCAAGAUAAGUGUCGUUCAAAGGAUAAAAAAGACUGCAAAAGAUCACAGGGAAAAACUUUUGAAAGACUGCAGUUACAAUCUAUUUAAAAUCCCAUCUGAAGAUGUAAUGGUUGAUUUUUUGACUGAUUCUGGAACUGGCUCUCUGUCGAAUGAGCAAAUGGCUAAAAUGCAGCUUGGAGAUGAAAGUUACGCUUCAUCCACGAGUUGGUACAGGUUCAGGGACGCUGUUACAGAGCUUUUUAACUUCAAGCAUGUUAUUCCAACCCACCAAGGACGAGCAGCGGAACGUAUACUGUUUACAGCCACGGUCAACCCUGAUAUGAUAGUUCCAAACAACACUCAUUUCGAUACAACAAGAGCAAACAUAGAAUUACGAGGGGGCAAAGCAUAUGACAUACCUAUAAAGGAAGCUCGAGACCCAAGAGCAUUGCACCCAUUCAAAGGCAAUAUGGACAUAGAGGCCCUUGAGCGUUUGCUGCAAGACCAUGGAUCAAAUAUACCCCUCGUAAUGCUUACUUUAACCAACAAUGCUGGCGGUGGUCAACCUGUGAGUGUUAGAAAUAUCAAGUUCGUAAGCGCAAUAUGCCGCCAUUAUGGAAAACCACUGUAUCUUGAUGCAUGCAGAUUUGCUGAGAACGCUUGGUUUAUCAAAGAAAGAGAGCAAGGUUACAAGGACAAAAGUAUUGUGGAGAUCGUUCGAGAGAUAGCGUCUCUGGUAGAUGGAAUGACCAUGAGUGCUAAGAAAGAUGGCCUGAGCCAUAUUGGCGGCUGGAUUGCGCUUAAUGAUGACAAUAUUGCCCAGAAGUGCAUCCAAAAUCUUAUUGUCACUGAAGGUUUUUUAACAUAUGGUGGCAUGGCUGGAAGAGAUUUGGAAGUCAUUGCCCAGGGCUUGAAAGAAGUUGUCACUGAAGAGUAUCUGUCUCAAAGAGUGGGUCAAGUCCAGUACUUUGGUAAUCAAUUGAUCGAGGCUGAUAUACCAGUCAUUCAGCCUAUCGGUGGACAUGCAGUAUACAUUGACGCAAAAGAAAUGCUCCCACAUAUACCACCAUUACAUUUUCCAGGCCAUUCUUUUGCUAUCGAGAUUUAUCUGGAAGGCGGUGUCCGUUGUGUUGAGAUUGGCUCACUAAUGUUUGGAAAAUGUCCAGAUGGCACAGAGAAACCGGCCGCGAUGGAACUUGUGAGGCUGGCAGUACCAAGGAGAAUGUAUACAAAAGAGCAUAUUGACUACACUGUCUCAGUGAUCAAAAGAGUUUUCGCUAGAAGAUCUAUGAUCAGGGGAAUGAGAAUAACAAAAGAGCCUGGCUUUCUGCGACAUUUUACAGCUGAAUUUGAAUAUCACAGUGGCCAAGAGCAAAUGACAAUGUGAAUGGUAAAGGGUGUCUUAGAAGUAGCAUUAACUGAUUUUGAAUCUAAGAUUGCUUUUGAGAAGCAUGCUAUGUAUAAUAAUUUAAUCAACCGCAUGUAUCAUCAACCUACUUAAUUUUGCUAAUUCAGACUAAAAAUUCAAAAUAGCAUAAAUCUCUUGCAAAUUGAUCAAUCUGAAAUGGAAGUUUGUUAAUUGACUGCAUGGUAUACAUACACUCUUUUUUUAUAAGAACAAUUUUAUAAGAACACGAGCCUCAAAACUGGUCAAAAGUUAAAAACAAAUUAAGAACAAGCUGAGGCUGAGCUUCUGCAAAAUGCAAUUUUGAAAAACGUUUUUUCUCAAAAUUGAGGAUUUUUAGCAAUGUGUGGGUGCUUUUUUGGUGAAUUUUCAAAUUUGUCAGCAAAUUAAGGCUGUCUAACUCUCUUUGUUAGCAAAUGAGGCCUGAGCACCUCCUUAGAUCGAAAAAGCUAGCAAUAGCACUGCUUACACUCUCUUUAUUUAAGAACAAAUUUAGAACAAUCCAGCCUCAGAUUUUCGAAAAAAUUUAGUACAGUCAGCCUGAACUUAAAUUUGCUGGUUCUUAUUAAAAAAAGAGAGUGUAUAUAUAUAAAUGUGUUUGGUAUUUUUUUGUUUAAGUGAGUUACAGACCUUGCUAUUAAACAACCAAGUUUAAUUUCCUUGAUGUUAGUUUUGACUUUGUUAAUGUACACUUACUUGACAAAAGUAAUAGGACGAUCGUCUCAAAGCAAUUGUGGUUAACCCUUUGCUCAGAAAACGUCAAAGAAAACCGGUGGAGCAUAAUCUGGCAGCCGCCAUUUGCACUGGAACUCGCUGAAUUGAUUUUGCAACGAAAUAUCUUCGGACACAGUAGGAAAUCUUAAGAAAAUUCUAAAUGAGUUUAUUUUUGGUCUUAGAAGAUUUCAUUUCUUAGAUUUUUUUAUGAAAAACCUAUUGUUUUUAAUUACAUCAAGGCUUUGACUUUGACGGGGUUAUUGAAAGACAACGAUGUUAUUAUUUUUGAAAAUUUUUGUCACAAUUGUAGCAUAUCUUGAUUUACUGUCCAGCUUAAAAAGAAAUGGUAUUUGCAAAGAAUCAUUACUUGUUUCUGUACUUGCCUGGGGACUUUCCACAUAUAAUUGGACAAAAUAUUCAGCAUUGAUUGACUUUGCACACAACGCCAGCUUGCAGAUGUCAUUAGGCCCAACCAAUAGUCGGCCUACCCUGGCCUACCAUUCUUUUAAUUUUAGUACGCAUUGUUAACUAAUUGUUCUUGUAAAAACAUGUGUUGUAGACUUGCUGCAAGCAAACUUUCUUGCAGUUUCAGCAAACAAAUGACUCGCUAGACCCAAAUAUUUUAUUGCUUCUCGUUCUCUUUCUGGUCGUUUUUGUGUUUUCGGCAUUGAAACUAAAACAUUGAUAUUUUCCACUUCUCCCUGAUAUUUUGCCACUUUUCUAUCAUAGAAAGGUAGAAAAUAAAUCGAAUUUGUUAGGAAUCGCGUUUUUGCUGAAGCCAUUUCUAGAAUCCCGCCAAAACAGCAAGAUUUGUUGAAUUCAUGUUAGAAUGCUAGUUUUGGAGCCGCCAUUUUGUUAUUCAUCGUCCUAAUACUUUUGUCACACGUAAUCGUAAGUGUAUAUACUCUUUCGGGUCUACAGGACUCAGCCGGCUGAGCUCUAAAAGCCCUCAAUUCUACGGUUUAACUAUACCAUAGCAGAGCCGUCAGAGUAAAGCUUAUUUCGAGGAAGAGAAGCUGUAAGACAAAAAAGGUAUCUGUAGCUUCCAUUUACAACUCUGUUACAGGGAACAUAAAAACCGCACGGAAAUUUUAAGGGCAAGGUACACCUCAUUCUCUAGCCGUCUUCCUUCCCAUGGUCCUGCAUAGGAUGUAGUGCUGAUCUUUUUAAUCGUACUGCAAGCUUAGUGCUGUCAUGACCACUGUAGUCAUUUAUUCAUAGUGGUAUGAUAUAAACCGCUUGAGAGCGGUUAAAAUGCUUUGUGAAAGGGUCAGUAUUGUUGUGAAGAUUCAAAUAGUGUUGAUUCUAUCGACAACAAAAUCAUACUGUUUUGUUAAAAAAGUUUGUUUUUUGCAUCAAUUGCCUUCUGUCUUAUUUCCUGUCAAAUGCCAUGCCCCCAAUAUUUGCCAAAAGGGGGCAAAAUUUUUGGUGACAAGGUUAUUGGAGCUACUGCCUUCAAGAGUUUCAGCAGCAAUAUAUUCCGAACUAAAAAGUUUUGAAUGGUCUGAUUCGUUUAAGUCGAAAUUAUUUCUACUUGUGUACGAAUAAUUUCUCCAGUAUCGAAUCGCUGUUUAGGGGCUGCUUUCUUAUACAAUACAGGAUACAUCUCAUAUCACUUUGUAUCUGCCGCAAAAAA